CCCAAUAGAUGAUUGGAUUCCGAGUCGUACGCGACUCUCCCACCUCCACAAAUCCACAGCCGACCCUCCCCUCCCCUCCCUCAUCCAUCUCCGGCUACCUCCCAGCUACCGACGAAUCCCAACCAUCUCACCCGCCGCCGCCGCCGCCGAAGCCGAAGCCGCCACGAGUUCAUCAUCUACCGAGUGUCGUCAUCCCGUCUUCUUUGGGGGUCUCCGCGAGCCGCCCGCGCUCUUGGAAGCCGAGGAGGUCCUGGGUUCGCCAUCCUGCGUGUUUGUGUUCGCUGAAAUAUGGAGAUACAGACUUCAGGGAAGCCCAUUGAUAUGCUGAUGGAGAAGGUUCUCUGUAUGAAUAUUCUUUCUUCUGAUUACUUCAAGGAGCUCUACCAGAUGAAGACCUAUCAUGAGGUCAUUGACGAGAUCUACAACCAAGUUGAUCAUGUGGAGCCUUGGAUGACUGGCAAUUGCAGGGGUCCUUCCACUGCAUUUUGUCUCCUCUACAAGUUCUUCACAAUGAAGCUUACUGUGAAACAGAUGCAUGGUUUGUUGAAGCAUCCUGACUCCCCAUACAUUAGAGCUAUAGGAUUUUUGUAUCUUCGGUAUGUUGCAGAUCCAAAGAUCCUAUGGACAUGGUAUGAGCCCUACUUGAAGGAUGAUGAGGAAUUCUCCCCUGGAUCUAAUGGUCGCAUGACAACCAUGGGUGUAUAUGUGCGUGAUCUUAUACUUGGACAGUACUACUUUGAUAGUAUCCUUCCAAGAGUUCCUGUUCCAGUAGUUCGUCAAGUAACAACCAAUCUUGAGAAGAUGAAGCUGCCUACCAAGCUUUCUGGGGUGACUGGAGACAGUCGCCACGGAUCAGAGGACACUGCCCGUCGCCCCUCUUCUGUUAAAGCUUCUCUGUCGGUUUCUUUUGGACAGCGUGCGCCACACCGUGCUUCCACACGGGAUUCUUCCCUAGUGCGGCGAACAGUCACCCAAGAUGAUCAUCGGAGAUCAUCUUCACCAUUUCGUCGCAGUGUAAGUCGGGAGGGGCCUUACAAUGACCGACAGAGAAGCACGGUGUGGCCUUACAAUGACCGUUCAAGUCACGACCGAGAAGGUAACCGUUUAAGCUGUGACCGAGAUACUGGCCGCUCAAGCCAUGACCGAGAUACUGGCCGUUCAAGCCGUCACCGAGAGCGUGAUCGUUCAAGCCAUGACAGAGAGCGUGAUUAUGACCGUGACAGCAGGGAUUGUGACUAUUACAGGUCCAGGCAUUCAGAAGAAAGAAGGGAUUACCGAAGCGAGUGUGACAACAGUAGACACAGACGCUCCAGCUCAUGUCAUAGGAGCAGAAGCCGGAGUCGUAGCAGGAGCAGGAGCCGGAGUCGGAGCAAGAAUGAGCAUCGAUCUAGUCCAUUUGGGGAUACAAGCAAAGAGAAGGCUGCUGCUGCCUCGAGUAACCUAGCUAAGCUGAAAGACCUGUACGGCGACGUAACUGAGAAGAAGGAUGACGGUGAUGCCAGGCGGCUUCACCAUGAUUCAUGUGCCGAGGAGGUUAUUAGGCUGGGAGGCCCUAGGUGGAGAUAAAUUUGAACCGCCGACUCUGUCAUCAAGGUCAUGUUACUCCACCGUUUGAUCUACCGGCUUCUGCAUUGACAUUAGUGAGAGCUCAGUCUUUGUAAACACUAGUACAAUGUCCGUGCGUUGCCACGGGCCUUUUGUUGUAUAAAUCUUAAUGAAUUUUUUGGACCCUUCCAAUGACAUCGCCUCAACACCCUUGUCGAUGGAUUCUUUUUUAACGUU